CAGUUCAUCUGAUUUUGUGUUCAUAAUUUUUCCAACUCAUCUCUUCGUUAAUGGUUCUGAAAUCAAGGAAAUCAGUCAAUGGAAAAAAUAUUGUGAAUUUUUCGACUUUUCUGGGGUUAAAAUGAAAAUCUUCAAGUGAAUUAGUGGUUUAGAAUGUGCAGUGUGAAACAAAACGAGAUAAGUCGAUAAAAUCAGCACAAGCUAUAUUGAGGCAGUUCCAGCGUAUUCGUUUCUGUUUCCUGGUAGGUCAGUAGAAUAAUUUCUUUCAAUAAUGGACGAUAGCCAGGGGAAUCCGCUGGACACCAAAAUAAAUACCCUCAUCGAGAAGGUGUUUUUCAUCACCUUGAACAAGAAUCCUCCGAAGAGUGUCCAUGCUGGGCCCCAAAUGGUCUACAUGGAGGAAGUGGCCCAAGGUUGCGGAGAGUCAUGUUUGCUCAAUUUGGAACUGCUGGAGCAGGCGUUGUUUGAGAGAAUUAUCCUGUUUAAUCCGUCAGACUACCUUAUUCCCAACAAUGUAACAACGGCGGAAACGGAGGAUGUAGCCCAAACGAAGGUACUUCUUUAUCUUUAUGGGUGCUACGUCAGAAAUCAGGAGCUGAUUAACUCGAACGAAUCCCUUACGGUGGACACAAGCCAAAAGAUGCGGUCCCUGAUAUUGAGGAACGCCUGCACUUCGCUGAAGCAGCCGGACAUGUUCGAAGGGCAAAAUCUGGCGAAUCAGAUCCUGGACAUAUUUAAGCUGGGUGACGAAAAUCAAACCCUAAAGGAACGGUUCGUUUCGGAAGCGGUGAAGGAGGUGUUUGCCGAUUGCGAUUCCGAGCAGGAAGCGUUCGAUGCUCUGAGGGCGGUUUUUAAUCCGGCGUUCGUGGAGGUGGUUAGAUCGUUGAGGAGUGCCUCGAUUGUCAGUAUGGAGCGCUGGAUUAUGCCGUUCCUGCAGGUGUUUGUCAGCGACAAAAGCAACCCGCAGCUCGGUCAUCUGUUUUUGGAUUUCACGAGCCCUCCGGCUGGAGCAGAAGGAAUCAAAUAUUCGGAGUCGAUAUUGGGCCAGCUGCUAUCGUUGUCGAUUAUGCCACGCAACCACAAUGGGCCGUAUGAGUUCUUUGAGAAUCCGUUGCAUACACCCCGUUCGGCUUACGAUAACCUGGCCGCAACACUGUGGAACAGUACGAAGAUUCAUUUAGAGGCGAUGCAUACCUUCGUGAAAGGAUUUUUGCUGCUCGGUGGGGAUGUUCGCAGCAAAAUGCUGAAUUGGAUUGGAACAUGUCUGCACGCCAAUGUCCCACGAGGCCAAAUCUGGAAUACACAUCAAAUGCAGAGUAUCUUCGGAAACAUGACAACGGCGCCGGAUUCGUUUAGCGUGAAUCUUGCCGGAGUGCUGCUACGAUUGUGCCAACCACUGUUGAAGCCCCAACUGAAGGUUAUGAUCGUGGAUCCGACGUAUUGUUCGGUGAAGGAAUCCGACAAGAGUGCCAAAGGUGUCCAUAUGAGUGAUACUGAGAAGGAGACCUGCUUGUUACCAGUCGAAGAAGACGAAGAACGCUUGGAAUCGGAUAAGUACAACUUCGUGACGGAAUGCUUCUUCAUGACCCACAAGGCAAUUGAUCUCGGCUUUCGUGUUUGCAUCGAGAAAUUCUUUCGAGUGAAUCGGGAGCUUCGUCGACUCCAGGAAACCUACCAGGAUGCGCUGGCGGGCGCUAUGUCGGGAGGCUCAGCCGACGUGUCCGACAACAUCAUAAAUAUGUUGUCAACUCAAACGCAACAAUUCUUGUGUCUGCAUAAUCUGCUCCGCGAACCUACGACCGAUUUGCUGCUGCUUCAGUUCUACGAAGCUUCCUCGAUUUGGCUGUCCCAGCUGGCUUCUCGGGAUGCAACGAAGAUCGAUGCACUGGACAAGGCUAAAGGAUUCGCUCCUCAAACUGUAGAUGAAGUAAAGUUACCGCUCAGCAAUGGAAUUUCCAAAGUUUUGAAAUGCAUUCCAGAGUACAUUAUGGAAAACAUCGUAGGAUAUCUGCAAUUCUCCCGACAUUUUGAUAGUCAACCCCUUCGCGUGGACGUAGAUGCUCAGAAUAACAUCUUUACCAUGAUCCUGGUGUUCAUGGGAUCAUCUGAGCGCAUUAGAAAUCCUCACCUGCGGGCUCGGCUGGCCGAAGGUCUGGAAAGUUUGCUUCCUAAAGAAUCAGAAGGAUUCAGUUUCAGUGCCGCGCUUUUCUCCAAUCACGCGCAUCGCUUGGAAAUCAUUCCCAAUCUGUUACGAGUUUUCGUGAGUAUCGAAAUGACCGGCCAGAGCGUUCAAUUUGAACAGAAGUUCAACUAUCGCCGUCCGAUGUACGCAAUUAUGGAUUAUCUGUGGAAAAUUGACGAACAGAAGCAAUGCUUCCGAACGCUCGAACGGGACGCCAUCCGAAACAUCGAAGCCGAAGACCCGCCCAUUUUCCUACGCUUCAUCAACCUUCUGAUCAACGAUGCCAUUUUCCUGCUCGACGACUCGCUCAGCAAUUUGCAGCAGAUCCGGCAACUGCAGGCGGCCGAGGAUGCCGGAGAAUGGGCCAGCCUCCCGGCAAACGAACGCCAACAGAACAUGAGCAAUCUCAGACAUCUGGGAAUGCACGCACGGUAUGACAACAUCCUCGGUCGGGACACCAUCAACAUCCUGCAGUUGCUCACGUCGGAAACGAAGGAAAUAUUCUGCCACUCGUCGAUGGUUGAUCGGGUGGCGGCAAUGUUGAACUACUUCUUGUUGAACCUUACCGGACCGAAGAAGGGCAACUUCAAGGUGAAAGACAAACGCGAGUACGAGUUCGAUCCGGCGCAUACGGUGCUGGAGAUCUGCCGAAUCUACACAAAUUUGCAGGAGUGUGAUGCUUUCUGCUUGGCGGUGUCGCAGGAUGGGCGGUCCUACAGUCCCAAACUGUUCGAAUACGCCGAACAGGUCUUAACACGCAUCGGCGGUGGCCAGCUGAUCGGCGAAAUCCAGGAGUUCUCCACCCGCGUUCAACAGCUGGAGAAACAACAGAAGAUCGACGAGGAGGCCCUGAUGGAUCCUCCGGACGAGUUCCUGGAUCCGAUCAUGUCCUCACUGAUGAUGGAUCCGGUCAUUUUGCCCAGCUCGCGGAUAACUGUCGAUCGGUCCACCAUUGCGCGGCAUCUGCUGUCGGAUCAAUCCGAUCCGUUCAAUCGGUCUCCCCUCACGAUGGAUCAGGUCAAACGGGACGUUGAACUGAAGGACAAAAUCGAUACCUGGGUUAAGGCGAAACGGGAGGAGCACGCGGCCAAAAUGAGCAUGGAGGAAGCCAAACCGACGACACCGGAGUAGGGAAAGCAAGUCACUCGACAUGUUGCGGAGAUUCUGUAGGCGGACUUAUCGUAACAGGCGCAAUAGGUGUUUGUGUUUCCAAGAAAAUUUGUUUAGUUAAUUGAACGUAGUAUCAUACCAGUGAUAAAUGAUAUCAAUGGAACCAGAAUUGUCCGAAUAGUCUUUUUGCUACCAACUAUCUCGAAACGGUUUUACAUAAAUAACCCCAAAAAUAUUGAACAGCGCCACUGUAUCAUACCGCGAUAGAUUUAUUCAUCAACUAAAGAGUGUCGUACUACAAAAAAAUCUAAACUAGAUUAAUUGGCUAUCGCCGACGUAAAACGUGGAAUGCGUUUAUUAGUAAACAUCUAUUUAAUAGCUAAAUAAAGGUUUAUUUUUACCAUAUUCAGUUACUUUCGAAUGUCUGUCUAGCUUUACACCGGGCUUAGGAUAUAGAAAACGGAAAGACAUGUGUAGUGGUUUUAGUAUGAAUAAUAAUAUAAUUGGAUUGAUUAUUUAAAUGACAUACAAUGAAA